AUGUCCCACGCAAAAGACAUCGAGGAUGGCACUGGAACCGGCCCCGAAGUCCAUGCGGUCGACUCUUCUGACGAGAGCUUCGAUCGUAGGGACAGCGAGGGUGCCGCGGCGAAGCAGUCCAUGGGCCAGCGAUUUUGGCGGACGCUGAAAACGCCUGGCUCAGCCGUGCAGAUUGUCAUUGCGGCGGUCAUCGCCAUUGCCAUUGGCAUGGCCGUAACUGCGACCGUGGACAACAUUCCAGAAGCUGCGCCCGUUAUUCUCGAGAUUCCCGGCCAACUUUGGUUGCGCGCGUUGAGAGCUACAGUCCUGCCAUUGAUCAUUACCGCCAUCAUUCUGGCCGUCCAAAACCUGAAGGAGAUGUCCAAGGGCGGCGCGAAACUCGCCAAAUUCACCGUCCUUUGGUACGUCGGCACGACGAUCCUCGCGGUCAUUCACAGCAUGAUCCUCGUCGAUGUGGGCUGGAGAAAACUCAUGCAACAAGUCGACCCGGCCAGCCUCCGGGAUGGCGCAGAGACGGCUGAAGAGAUCCAGGAAGAGAACCCGGACAACGCACCGCACGACAUCAUCGUCCAGGUGGCCGAGUCUUUCAUUCCACAGAACGUUUUCCAGGCUCUUGCAGAGGACCAACUACUUGGUGUGCUCGUCGCGGCCAUCAUCGUCGGAUGCCUCAUCAAAGGCCCAAAUUCGUCGCUACUGCGCGGGAUCAAGGAAGUCGACAAGAUCGUAUUCAAGAUCAUCGAUUUCUUGAUCAAGCUCGCACCCAUUGGUGUCUUCUUCUUGAUUCUGGCCAACCUGAUGACUCUUGACAUUGAAGAUAUCGGAGUGAACCUUGGCGUGCUCAUUGGCGCCUCAGUCGGUAGCAUGUUCGUCCAACUGUUUGUCGUACUGCCCGCGUUGUUCUUCGGGUUCACGCGAAUGAACCCGUAUGCCUAUUGGCUGAAGAAUAGCCCAGCCUGGAUCACUGCUUGGGGCUCUGCAUCAUCUGCCGCCACACUUCCGGUCACCCUGAAAUGCCUCGAGAAGCGUAAAGUACCGCAGACUGUUCGCAAGUUCGUGGCACCUCUUGGAGCGUUGAUCAACAUGGACGGUACUGGAAUCUACUUUCCCAUCGUCGUGGUCUUUAUGGCCGUGACUCAGGGCAUCACGCUCAAUGCCGGCAACUACACCGUCAUUGUCCUGUUGGCCGUGCUCUCUUCCAUUGCAACGACGCCAAUUCCGUCCUCAUCUCUGGUCCUGACCGUCAUGAUUUGCGGAUCAGUCGGCAUUCCGGUGACGGGCAUGUACGCUGUGGUUGUGGCGAUCGAUUGGUUCAUUGAUCGCUUCAGGACUGCGACCAACGUCAGCGGCGACCUCUACGCUGCAAAGGUCAUGGAGAAGCUCACCGGCAUCACUGAUGAGGACAGCCAUACACUGGCCGCGCAAGAGGUCUUGGACCGUACGAUGAAGGAGAACAAUGAGGGUAAGAAUUGA